CCUCAGCUAUAUAUAGAAUCAUUCUUCACUAUUCAAAUCCAUCCAAACAGAAACCAGUAUAUACCAAUGGCUGGUAGUUCUGUUGUCUUGGCACCUUCAGUACAAGAGUUGGCAAAGCAAGGCAUUACAAAAGUUCCAGAACAAUAUCUUCAACCAAAUCAAGACCCUGUUCUUGUAUCUAACACAACCUCUUUACCACAACUUCCAACUAUCGACUUUGGUAAAUUAUUAUGUGAAGAUGUAAUUGAGCUAGAGAAACUACACAAUGCUUGUAAGGAAUGGGGUUUCUUCCAGCUAAUCAAUCAUGGAGUCAACUCUUCAUUGGUAGAAAAUGUGAAAAUUGGUAUUCAAGAAUUCUUCAACCUUCCAAUGGAAAAGAAAAAGAUGUUUUGGCAAACAGAAGAAGAAAUGCAGGGGUUUGGACAGCAUGUCGCUUUAGAGAAAGAAAAACUAAGAUGGGGAGAUAUGUUCUUGGUUAGAACUUUUCCAUUGCAUGAGAGACAUCCUCAUCUAAUUCCUUCUAUCCCACAACCACUCAGAGAUAAUCUAGAGAGCUAUUCGCUAGAAUUGAAAAAGUUGUUUGUCACAAUCAUUGAGUUUAUGACAAAAGCUUUAAAGGUUCAACCAAAUGAAAUGCUAGAUUUAUUUGAAGAGGUAGAUCAAUCAAUAAAGAUGAAUUAUUAUCCUCCAUGUCCCCAACCAGAACAAGUCAUUGGAUUGAAUCCACAUUCUGAUGGUGUUGUUCUUUCCAUUCUUAUGGAAAUCAAUGAAAUUCAAGGACUUCAAAUAAAAAAAGAUGGAAUGUGGAUUCCUAUCAAUCCUCUCACUAAUGCUUUUGUUGUCAAUAUUGGAGAUAUGUUGGAGGUGCUGACAAAUGGUAUUUACCAAAGCAUUGAACAUCGAGCUACAGUAAAUUCAGAAAAGGAGAGAAUAUCUUUUGCAGCAUUUCACACUCCUUACAAGGGUGAUAUUGGUCCAGCACCCAGCCUUGUUACUCCUGAAACUCCUGCAUUAUUCAAAACAAUUUCUACUGAAGAUUAUGUCAAUGGAUACUUAGCAAACAAGAUAAAUGGGAAAUCAUACUUGGAAAUUGUUAGAAUCCAAAAUUCUUGAAUGAUAUUAGUCCACUGCUUUAUAUAUGCUUUUAUAUGUUUCUAUGAAAUAAAGAAGACUUAGUCUUUGGUCAUAGUAAAAAAAUGUGUUGAGUUUUGUUCCUUAAAACAAGUGUAUUGUGAUUGUGAUUUGUGACAGAACAAAACUGUGGAUGAUUUUGAAUGUUGUAUUUAAAUUGGUAGAAGUGAGCUUGGAGUGGUGAAUUGCUAUUUGUUGGUAUUGGACUUUGGAGGGUUGAAUUGAAGAAUAUAUAACUAUUUAUUUCAAAAAAUAUACAUUUUUGUUUUUGAGUAUUAAAAAAAAA